AUGUCGAGGAGGAGAUUGUUGAUGCUGUUUAAAACCGAUCGACAUUUACUCAGAUUCUCAAUCAGACGGUCCAUCUCGCAUCACCAACCCUCACUCUCAGCCUCUCACCCUGUGCUUUGCAUGCUUGAGGCCUUUUCAACAGAACCGAAAUUUGAGAAAACUGUUGGAAUCAGUGGAGUGGGGAAUAAUUUUAAAACUAAACGGUGUGUGAACAAUAUUUUGUGCCGCAAACCUGUUGAGUGGAAAUCUGUAGUCCUUAACAAUCUAUCACAGCCCAUCCAUGAUGUGGAUCUUGUAGUUACAGUUGGUGGCGAUGGCACUCUAUUACAGGCUAGCCAUUUCAUUGAUGACUCAGUUCCAGUUCUAGGAGUGAAUUCUGACCCCACACAGGCUGAAGAGGUGGAGAAGCUCAGCAAUGAGAUCGAUGCUACUAGAAGCACAGGCUAUCUUUGCGCUGUAACUGUCAAUAACUUUGAACAGGUACUGGACAACAUCCUCGAGGGUCGAACAAUUCCUUCAAAAUUGACAAGGAUAUCGAUAUGUGUGAACUCACAAGUGCUUUCAACUUAUGCUCUUAAUGAUGUUUUGAUCGCACAUCCAUGUCCAGCAGCAGUUUCACAGUUCUCAUUCAAAGUGUCAACCGCUGCCGGAUCAACAGCUGCAAUGCUCUCAGCAGGCGGUUUUCCAAUGCCCAUCUUAUCUGAGGAUCUCCAGUUUAUGGUAAGAGAGCCCAUUUCACCAGGAGAGACCUCAAGCUUGAUGCAUGGAUUAAUCAAAUCUCAUCAUGAUCAGUCCAUGGACGCAACAUGGUUUUGUCGCCGAGUGCCCUUGACAAUGUAUUUUGUUCGUUUGGUCUGUUCGUGUGUUCUCUUUCUGUGGUGUUGCGGGUUCGAGGCUUGA